UUAUGUUUUACUAGUUUUAUUUAGUAUCUAUGUAGUUUUAUACACACCAUUAAAAUAAAAUUACUAGGUAUAUCAGUGAUUUAUUAAAUAACAUUUUUAAUUCUUAUCAUGAGUAAAAGUAAGAAAUUCUUGGGUAGGAAAAGGAAAGGAGAUCAUAAAUAUAAUUCAAGGAAGAAGAUAAAGAAGAGUGCUGAGAAAGAGGUUAUAAAUAAAAAGUCCAUUUUUAAUAGGUAUAAGAACAAACAAAGAGUGGAGGAAGAGUUAGCUAAGAGACGGCAGAUAGAAAAGAAGUUUCAGCAAGACCGGGUCCCUCUAUCAGAGAGUGAGGAAGAAGAAAAUGUAUAUCAACAACUUGUGUCAUGUUUUGGGAAAGGGUCUUUUCAGAAGGUAGUGGAGAGUGAUGACAGUGAAGAGGAAAGUUUGCUGGAGGCUGACAAUGUUGAUAGGAGGCCAGAUGAUGACGCAGGGCCUAUGGAGGCAGAUGAGUCAGCUAUUGAAGAGAAUAGUGAUGAGGAAAUUGAACACCAAAAUGAUGAUAAUGAAGAAUCUGAAGAAGAUCCUUUUACAAAACAUCUCCAACAUGAUUUGAGUGAUGAAAUGUUGGUGUCCCUCUCGAGUAUUCCUCCUGGUACAGAAAAAAUCACUAAAACAUGGCCAGUUAUUGGUAACAUAGUUAUCACUAUACCAAAGCCUCUAGAAACAAUAGCCAAGAAAGUCAAACCCAAAAUAUCACUUACAGAAGAGAAAACAUAUGCUGCCACAGGGGCUUCACCAAACACUUUUAGUAAAGUUGAUUAUAAGCAACUGUUUAUAAAAUCUCAAAUACAUGGUAAUAUAGUUCUAGCAAAUAAAACCAAUUUAAUAAAAAGAGAUUUAGAGCUUGUUGAGGUGUUCACUCCUUUACAAAAAGAACUUUUCGCCAUCAUUAAUAAUUAUCAAGAUUUGUAUUAUCCAGAAAGAUCAUUUACAAAUGCUGAUGAAGUGCGUUAUAUGUACUGCCUCCAUGUGGUGAACCACAUGCUCAAGACUAGGACAAAGAUAGUACAUCAUAAUGCUAAAUUGUCAAAAAAGACUGAUGUGUCAGAUGAAUAUAGGGAUCAAGGUCUAGUUCGUCCCAAGGUAUUAAUAUUAGUACCUUUUAAAAGCGCAGCUUACAGAGUAGUGAAAACAAUUAUGGACAUUGUAGUCCCCAAAGAAGCUGGUCAGGUGAUAAAUAAGAAUCGCUUUGAAGAGGACUUUACCGGGGAAGAACUAGCAAUGCCUAAAAAGAACCCUAAGCCUGAGGAUUAUGAGCUACUUUUCAGUGGUAAUACAGAUGAUACUUUUAGGCUUGGCAUGACCCUGACUAAGAAAACUCUUAAAUUGUACACAGAUUUCUAUUCAUCUGACAUCAUCGUCGCCUCGCCUCUCGGGUUGCGAAUGAUAGUCGGUGCCGAGGGCGAGGAAGACAGAGACUUUGACUUUCUGGCGUCCCUGGAAGUGCUGGUCAUGGACCAGGCGGACGUCUUCUUGAUGCAGAAUUGGGAUCACCUGCUACAUUUGUUAGACCAUUUCCAUUUGCAGCCAAGGAAAACUCAUGGCACUGAUUUUUCUAGAGUAAGAUCUUGGGCUGUUAACGGCUGGUCGAAAUAUUACAGACAGACUUUAGUCUUCUCUUCAGUGGCACUACCCGAAAUAAAGUCUGUGAUGAAUAGAAAAUGUUACAAUUAUGCUGGAAAAGUGUUUGUUGAAAAUCCGGUGGACACAGGAAGCAUCCAACAAGUUAUUCUGCAAAUACCUCAAAUAUUCCACAGGUUCACAGCUAUGAAUCCCUUGCAAUCCGUAGAGGCGAGAUUCGAAUACUUUUUAAAGGUGCUGCUCCCCAAGCACCGAGACCCGCUGAUGAGCCAUACACUCAUAUACGUGCCGAGUUACUUCGAUUACGUGCGCAUACGCAACCACUUCAAAAAGGAAGAUAUAGGCUUCGUCCAGAUCUGCGAGUAUUCAAAGGACUCCAAAAUUGCUCGCGCCCGGGACAUGUUCUUCCACACAGAAGCGCAUUUCCUGCUGUAUUCCGAGCGAGUGCAUUUCUUUAGGAGAUUCCGAAUAAAGGGGAUCCGACACAUCAUUUUCUAUCAGCCGCCUACAUACCCGCAUUUCUAUUCGGAAAUAUGCAACCUUAUGCAGGAGUCAAAUCAAAACAAAUACGGAGGUAGCGAGUUCAACAUGACGGUGUCUGUGUUGUUCAGCCAGUACGACGCCGGCCACAUCGCCGCCGUGCUCGGCGCGCACCGCACGGCGCGGCUACUGCGCUCGGAGAAAACCACACACAUGUUCAUGACGGCCGACUCGUAAUAAAUUACCUGUACAUAUGUAUAUACCUGUAUACCUGGUUUUAUUUAUUAUCCAUAACUGAAUCAUUUCCUGCAAUCUGCGUGUAAGAAAAACCCAAAGAAGAAUAUAAUCGUAACAGACCAUACAAAUAGGAAUAUUUUUCAUUAUAAUUCAGACUCCUAUGAUUUAAUCAUUCUCGUAAUCUCCUAGGCAUAGCCCGGUGUUCGCCUAUAACCACGAUCCAGGACUGGGUAUGGUUAUUGGCAUAGAAAUGGGAAUAUAGGACUAUUAUUUAUUAUCCAUUCCUUCAACCUUCAUUCAUGCAAUAUAUAGAAAUUGUUAUAAAUAUUUUCGAGAGACUACAUCAAGACUAGACUAGGUCAAAUCAGCGAAACAGUGGCAUUGCUCUUUUAGUACCUAUACUUAAAAAAUUGAACCUGGACAACCUGUCGUUUGUCAAUAUAAUUUCAAGGGUAUUUACAUAUUGAAAUAUUCUGUUUAAAAAUAUGUGUAUAUUUAUUAAAAGCUUACGAUACAACACUUUAGUAGUUAAGUAAUAAGCUUAGUCAAACUGAGAUCAGUAGUAGCUCUCGAUAAAUAUAAUAUCGAUAGAACUAUGUAAGUACAUACAUAUUCAUAAAUUUAACGAAUAAAAGGGUACUACUAAGGGUUAUAUUUAUCUACCAAAAGACAAGUAAUAUUCCUUACAAUGAGUUAAUACCUUAAAUUAUAUAAGUAGUUAUUACAUUAAUAAUUUACUAAAUUUUAUUCACUAUGUGGCGCCUUUCUUUUUCAGCAUUUUUUCUAAAACUCACUUUCUGAUACAUAACUUACAUACACAAACAUACAUUUUCAUUUUCUAUUUAUACUUAGUUUUCAGAUAGAUAUUAACAAAUUCAUUCAUGAUAUAGAUAGUAGUAUUUUAUAUAUGUAGGUAAGUUUACACAGAAAAGUGAUAACUUGACCAAUUGACGCUACGAAAGUAAGCUAGUAAGGAAAUGAAAUAAACAAGAUUUAAUUAUAUCUAUUAAUCUUUUUUUAACAAGCUAUUCAGACUGAACUUAUUUAUGUUUAUUGAUGUCUAUGUAUUCAUAUCUUAAAAGGCGACUUUAUUUUUAAGAGUAGUAAAGUAACUAAAACUAAAUAAUCGUUUAAUUUAACCUACCCUAAACUAAGUUCUUUUAAAUUGGUGUUUCAGUUUCAAUGGUAUGCGCAGUAUUGGCUCGAAUAAGUAGUUCAAUUAAACAAAUCUCUAUGUAAUAUGUAUUAAGAAUUAGGAAAUAAGGACAGAU